AUGUCUGAUCGCACUCACCCCACAUCCUUUCAAGCAAGACCUCCUUCACCUUCCUCGCCCGCCGCCGAGUCUCUCAAAGAGAAGCAUCGGCUGCCCAUUUCUCCGGACCACAUCCCCCAGACUCCGACAUCUCCUCCGUUGAUGUCGGUGAGCGAACAAAGUCAUGCCGCCAACUUCAUAUCCUCGCACACAUCACCGAAUCAGGCGACGGUCCAACAUCCGAACAUCUCCUCCCCUCCAUCCUCUGCGCCGAUGUCUACCCAAGUCUCCCAGCAGCCCACAAUGAGCACAACAAAUUCAUUCCCCACUCCCGCCAGCAGUGUGAGUGGUCAUCUUGCGAAUGCGACUUCGGUGGAGGAUGUGGAUCAGGGGGGAAAAUCUCUCAAUAUGGGGAUACAGGACUCGGCAGAAAACUCGGGAGCAGGUCCCGCUCAGCAAACAACACAACAUAGACAGACCGAUCACGAUCGGCAGUCUUCCCAAACAGACAGCACUAACGAUUUUGCCACCGGGCAGGGCCAGCACUCGACAGACCCCGACGCUAUGGAUGUAGAUACAGAACCGACUCGCCGGGCAGAUACCCUCAGUCUCAGUCUGGAUUCGCUUCAAAAAGAGCUAACCUCGGCUUUUCAUCUUUGCAAGAGCUCGUCUGCUGCAGGUAGCUGCAUGAAUGCACUGAUCUUGCACAUUCUUGGAACUGAAGUUGUUAACACUGCUUUUUCCUCCUUGACAGCUCCGAUCGUUACUGGUCCAGACCCUACAGUGGAUCUCAUUUCCCUCUAUGGGUUAGGCCCAAUCGCGCACUCGGUAGCACGCAUGGAUCCCGUGACGGGAGAGAAAAUCAACCGCCUUAGGAAAUCAUACGAAGGAAAGCUGAAAGGACUCGGACUUGCUGGGCGGAACAAACCUUUGAAGCAGGAGAUUGGCGCCCCUGGCAGCUUGAGGCACAUGACCCUAUGGCCUGAAGAGGAAUGGCAGAACCAGAAGGUGCAUGGCAAGGCCAUCAAGGUUUCAGACAUGGAUUCAGCGCUGCAAAAUCUUCAAUUGCGAGCCAUGCAAAUGGAACCAGGACCGAUUCCCAACAAUGAUUUCUGGGAAGAUAUCUUGGGUCACGAAAAGCCGGUCAAGAAUGCCGCACCAGGCGACACUGGCAAGAAGGCUGCCCUAGCUUCAACUGCUGGUCGCCCCUCUACCCAAUCCUAUGCCGCAUCUCCACAACCACAGGAAGCCGAGCGGCCACGGCCUAGCAGGGGACGCAAAAGACAUUACGAUGAUAAUAGCUUUGCCGGCUAUGGCGAAGGGUUUGUGGAUGAUGAUGAUGACCCCGGAUUCUACUCAAAUGGCGAGGGAUCUGGGAAGAAGAAACGCAAGAAGGUAUCAUAUUUCCACGGAGCGUAA